CCUACCUGGCAGUGUACGGCAAUUCCAUGCAGCUUUAAACUCAACCCCUUGGAUUGGAAGAUCCUAAACCAUUGCAGGACAUGGCAUAGUUUCGUUUCUUUGUUACUUUCGACAUGUCCUAAUUCUAUAUAUGACCCAAGUCUCAACUAAAAACAGCAAUGAGUGAUUCUCUCUCUCUGUCUCUCUCUCUUGAGAAUUUUCGUUUGAACUUUGAACAUUUCUUCAUGGUUACUAUCAUCUGGUGACUAUCUUUUUUUUAUUUUCCUUGUUGGUUGUAUUUCAAGUCUUCGUGAUCCAUUCGAACUCUUGUCAGUUGUCACCUUCUUCUUGCAGGACACGCAUAUUCAUUCUCUACUGCCUUUUUUUUUUUAUCCCAUUUGUUUGUUUGACCUUAUGGUUGUGCCUCGUUUUUAUGGUAUUCUGGGAUGGAUGUGGGAAAUUGUAUUCAAGGUGGUUGGCUAAAGAUUGUUUAUUUAGUGUUUGCUUUCUUUUCUGCUCUCUUUCUUGGUGCUAUCAAAGGUUUACUUGUUGGACCUAUUGCUGGUUUGAUACUAAUAAUAGGGAAUGUUGGGGUCAUCCUGGGAUUGUUACCUGCACAUAUUGCCUGGACUGCGUACACAAUUAUAAGGACUAAUAGAUAUGAUGCACCCCUUAAAGUUGCUAUUUUGAUUGCUUUGCCUGCGUUAUUUGGUAUAUGGAUGGCUUUAAGCAUAGCCGGGAGUGCUCUUGUGGGAAUUGGUUAUGGCUUCUUCACUCCCUGGGUUUCAGCUUUUGAAGCCUUUAGACAUGAGAAUCCGUCCAAGAGAUUCUUUCAUUGUGUUGUGGAUGGAACAUGGGACACUGUAAAAGGAAGCUGCACUAUGGUUAGAGACUUUGCAGAUUUAUGUUUUCAUUCAUACUUGCUCUGCUUGAAGGAGUUACGUGAAUCCCCCAUUCCAAAUGAGCUCCAAACUCUGCGGUUGAUUCAUGUGCCAGGACUUAUCGUUGUUGGAUUGCUUGGACUAAUUGUGGAUAUUCCCUCUUACACUAUAAUUGCUGUAGUUAAGAGUCCAUACAUGUUAUUUAAGGGAUGGUUUCGACUGACACAUGAUCUAAUUAGCAGAGAAGGCCCAUUUCUUGAAACAGUUUGCAUCCCCAUUGCUGGUUUGACAAUCCUUUUCUGGCCAAUUGUUGUCAUUGGGAGUAUAGUAGUUGCUAUUUUUUCUAGUUUCUUCAUCGGAUUGUAUGGAUCAGUCAUCGUAUAUCAGGAAAGAUCUUUUCGGAGAGGCGUUGCUUAUGUGAUUGCAAUGAUUGCUGAAUUUGACGAGUACACAAAUGAUUGGCUCUAUCUUAGAGAGGGGACAAUCUUCCCAAGGCCCUCUUAUCGCAAGAAAAGUGGUUCAGAACCUGAGUAUUCUGUUGGAGGACUUGGUGGCAAAUUCAGUUCUACUUCUGGUGAAGUACCUGCAAUGCUCGUGCCAAGCUUGGUUCAUUCGGUAUCAGUUAGAGAGGCAAUAAAUGAAGUGAAAAUGGUUCAGAUUUGGACAAAUAUGAUGAAAUCUUGUGAAAUAAGUGGCAAAGAUCUAUUGGAUGCUGAUGUAAUAACUCCAGUGGACCUCUGUGAAUGGUUGAAGGCAAAGAGUGGUAAUGAAGCAGCCAUUAUUGGUGUUGGCCUGCCAUGUUAUUGUUUCUUGCAGAGUCUCCUCAACUCUAUCAGAUCAGGUUCUAAUGGUUUGUUAUUGCCCGAUGGUGUUGAAAUAAACCAUCUGAAUAGGCCAAAAGACAAACUGUUAGAUUGGUUCUUUAAUCCUAUAAUGGUCCUGAAGGAACAGAUCAAGGUUAUAAAACUGGAAGACAGUGAAGUUAGGCUGUUGGAGAAGUUGGUUCUUUUUGGCAACAAUACAGAACGGAUUGAUGCUUGGGACAAUGGUAGUUCAAUCCCUCAAGAUUCUCUCAGAGCUGCUCAAAUUGAAGGCAUAAGCAGAAGGAUGGUUGGAAUGGUUAGAAGUGCAUCGAAAUUGCCAACAUACAGAAGGAGAUUUCGCCAGGUUGUGAAGGAUUUAAUUGCACAUGCUUCAGAGAAACAGGAUAUGGCUAGAUGCAAUUCCAUGGCAUCAACUUCUUGCUCUGAAGAAGUGUAGAACUCAUUUACACACACACAAAAGCUUGCAGUAGAAUUGUGAUGUAAAAGUAUAGAUUACAAGUGAUGUAUCUAUAAUUUAUACAGAGUAGGCGUUGAAAACCUGCUUCUUUGAAAGAUACAAGUUGUCUUCAUUGAAAAUGGUAGACUUUUUAUUUUUUUAUU